UUGUUUGAAGAGAAUGAAGAGCUUCUACAUCUGUUUGAAAAGUUUCGAGAGCUGCGAACCAAAGCAGCUAUAGUCAGUUCUGCUGAAUUGGCUGAGCAUGCUACACAGGUGAUGCAUACAAUAGACGAGGGCAUCAAAGGGCUGGCUGAUAUGGACUCAUUCUUCACUUACGUUAGACACGUGGGUGGCACACAUCGACAGGUGCCCGGGUUUAAAUCAGAAAACUUUAUGAAAAUCGAGCAACCUUUCCUUGAAGCAGCCAAGAAAAAUCUGGGAGAGAGAUACACACCGAAUAUUGAAAAUAUAUACAAGUUGACAAUACGCUUCAUUUUAGAGAAUCUCGUCAAAGGUUACGAGGAGGCUGGGGAGGAAAAUGGAACAACUCAAACCUGA